GGAGCACGCCACGCCGCCCCCUGACCUCUCCCUACUACUGUCGUAUCGUCUCCUACCUCGCCUCUCUUUCCUUUUUUCCGUCGAUUCACCAUUGUUGCUUGGGGUGCAAGCGCCCAGCAGAGGCCAGUUUUACGCACCAAAUGGCUUGCAUAUCACAUAUCUCCUGAAGAAGACCAAACGAGAAGCCAUCUUCACUGCCCAGUCCGUGCCCGGCACCAUCAGCAUAGCUCUUCUUUCUUCUAUGGUGUGUUCCUUGAUGAUGCAACUCACCACCACAUGGCCAUGGCGUUUCUUUUUCUGCUUGUUUUUCCACCUGCUGUUCCUCUUCCCAACCAACUCCUUGAAUCAAAGCUACUGUGACCCUGGUGAUGCUAGUGCACUGCUGGGCUUCAUGCAAGGUCUCAGCGGAAGCGGCAGCGGCUGGACGGUCCCAAAUGCCACUUCUGAAACAGCCAAUUGCUGUGCUUGGCUUGGAGUCAAGUGCAACGAUGGUGGCCGGGUCAUCGGGCUGGACCUCCAAGGCAUGAAGCUAAGGGGCGAGCUGGCAGUCUCGCUCGGGCAGCUGGACCAGCUCCAGUGGCUCAACCUGUCCAGCAACAACCUCCAUGGGGCCGUCCCGGCAACCCUGGUCCAGCUCCAGAGGCUACAACGUCUUGAUCUUAGCGACAAUGAGUUCUCUGGUGAAUUCCCGACCAACGUGUCUCUCCCAGUGAUUGAGGUCUUCAAUAUAUCCCUCAACUCAUUCAAAGAACAGCAUCCCACGCUCCAUGGUUCAACGCUCCUUGCCAUGUUUGAUGCGGGGUACAACAUGUUCACAGGGCACAUUGAUACCAGCAUCUGCGAUCCAAAUGGAGUGAUCCGUGUUCUCCGGUUCACGUCGAAUCUCCUAUCUGGGGAGUUCCCAGCAGGGUUUGGGAACUGCACAAAGCUCGAGGAGCUAUAUGUUGAUCUAAAUAGCAUCACUGGGAGCUUGCCAGAUGAUCUUUUCAGGCUGUCUUCGCUGAGGGACCUGUCUCUGCAGGAGAAUCAGCUCUCUGGUAGGAUGACACCAAGGUUUGGUAAUAUGUCUAGCCUUUCUAAGCUGGACAUAUCUUUCAAUUCAUUCUCUGGAUACCUUCCAAAUGUUUUUGGUAGCCUUGGCAAGCUUGAGUAUUUCUCUGCACAGUCUAACUUAUUCAGGGGUCCGUUGCCUUCAUCACUGUCCCAUUCACCAUCACUGAAGAUGUUGUACCUGAGAAACAAUUCAUUCCAUGGACAGAUCGAUCUCAAUUGCUCGGCAAUGUCACAAUUGAGCUCACUUGAUCUUGGCACAAAUAAGUUCAUCGGCACAAUAGAUGCUUUGUCAGAUUGCCAUCAUCUGAGAAGCCUGAAUCUUGCCACAAACAACCUCACUGGUGAAAUCCCUAAUGGUUUCAGGAAUCUUCAGUUUCUAACCUAUAUCUCACUUUCAAACAAUAGCUUCACAAAUGUGUCCUCAGCAUUAUCUGUCCUUCAAGGCUGCCCAAGCCUAACAAGCCUCGUGCUGACAAAGAAUUUCAAUGAUGGGAAGGCCUUGCCGAUGACUGGAAUAGAUGGUUUUCAUAACAUCCAAGUGUUUGUCAUUGCUAAUAGCCAUCUUUCAGGAUCAGUACCUUCAUGGGUAGCAAACUUCGCACAAUUGAAAGUGCUGGAUUUGUCAUGGAAUAAAUUGUCUGGGAACAUCCCUGCAUGGAUUGGCAAUCUCGAGCAUUUGUUUUAUUUGGAUCUUUCUAAUAAUACACUGUCUGGAGGAAUUCCGAACAGUCUAACAAGCAUGAAGGGCCUUCUUACAUGCAACAGCUCACAGCAAUCCACAGAAACUGACUAUUUUCCUUUCUUCAUUAAAAAGAACAGGACAGGCAAAGGGCUACGGUACAAUCAGGUUAGCAGUUUCCCGCCCUCCCUAAUUCUCAGCCACAACAUGCUCAUAGGUCCCAUAUUGCCAGGCUUUGGGAACCUUAAGAACCUGCAUGUCUUGGACCUCAGUAACAACCAUAUUUCUGGUAUGAUUCCUGAUGAGCUAUCAGGCAUGUCGAGCUUGGAAUCCUUGGAUUUGUCACAUAAUAAUCUUACUGGAAGCAUUCCUUCUUCAUUAACAAAGCUGAAUUUUCUAUCGAGCUUCAGUGUGGCAUUCAAUAAUCUAACUGGUGCAAUUCCAUUAGGAGGGCAAUUCUCAACAUUCACAGGUUCUGCUUAUGAGGGGAACCCCAAACUCUGUGGCAUCCGCUCUGGCUUAGCACUAUGCCAGUCAUCUCAUGCUCCUACCAUGUCUGUAAAGAAGAAUGGAAAGAACAAGGGUGUCAUAUUAGGAAUAGCUAUUGGCAUUGCACUUGGAGCAGCAUUUGUGUUGUCUGUUGCUGUUGUACUUGUGUUGAAGAGUAGCUUUAGAAGGCAGGACUAUAUAGUUAAGGCUGUUGCAGAUACAACUGAAGCUCUCGAGUUAGCACCAGCUUCAUUGGUUCUUUUGUUUCAGAACAAGGAUGACGGCAAGGCAAUGACUAUUGGUGACAUAUUGAAAUCUACAAACAACUUUGAUCAGGCAAACAUCAUUGGUUGUGGUGGCUUUGGUCUAGUGUACAAGGCAACACUACCAGAUGGAGCAACGAUUGCCAUCAAAAGACUGUCAGGCGAUUUUGGCCAGAUGGAGCGUGAGUUCAAAGCCGAGGUGGAGACUUUAUCAAAAGCUCAACAUCCUAAUCUUGUACUUCUGCAAGGUUAUUGCAGGAUUGGCAAUGAUAGGCUACUGAUCUACUCUUACAUGGAGAAUGGUAGCCUAGACCAUUGGCUUCAUGAAAAGCCUGAUGGUCCAUCUAGAUUAAGUUGGCAAACAAGGCUUCAGAUAGCAAAAGGAGCGGCGAGAGGUUUAGCGUACCUGCACUUGUCAUGCCAACCCCAUAUACUCCACCGUGAUAUCAAGUCAAGCAACAUACUUUUAGAUGAGGAUUUCGAAGCUCAUUUGGCUGAUUUUGGGCUUGCUCGGCUUAUUUGUCCCUAUGAUACACAUGUAACAACUGAUCUAGUUGGCACACUAGGCUACAUCCCCCCUGAGUACGGCCAAUCUUCAGUAGCCAAUUUCAAAGGUGAUGUUUAUAGUUUUGGCAUUGUUCUUUUAGAGUUAUUAACUGGAAAGAGGCCUGUAGAUAUGUGCAAGCCAAAGGGAGCUCGGGAGUUGGUCUCAUGGGUUUUGCAUAUGAAAGAAAAAAACUGUGAAGCUGAAGUAUUGGACCGUGCAAUGUAUGACAAGAAGUUUGAGAUGCAAAUGGUGCAGAUGAUCGAUAUUGCCUGUUUGUGCAUAAGUGAGUCACCAAAACUGAGGCCUCUAACUCAUGAACUUGUACUAUGGCUUGACAACAUUGGUGGUAGCACUGAAGCGACAAAGUGAGGCAAAUUCUAUAAUAGCAACCACUGUGGAAAUCCAUGUGAUCAAAUUCACCCCCACCCCUUUCUCUUUGUAUUAAAUUUUCUUCCACAGUGAUGUGAGAUAUUGUGUGACGAUCGUAUACAAAAUAAGAGUUCCGGGAGUCUAUCUAACCUGCUAAUUCAAUAACAGCAGAACCUUUUGUUACAUGAUGUGCAGUAAAUGCAAUUUUCUGAUAGGUAAUGAAAUAUGUUUGCUUUUUUUUUUCA